AAAAGGCGCCCGUACACGCCGCGCAGGAAGUCGUGCCGAACGUAGAUCUGUACUCGUCAUGAUGACAAUGCUGUCCGUUAGCGGCGCCGUCGAUGGAUUAUCCACAUGCUGUUUAAAUCAGCGGAAAUGCAAAAGCGUAACAGACCCGAGCAGAUCGUCACACAAUCUGUUGCAAUAAACGCAGAAGGAAGGAUGCAGGCUGAGGCCACUGACUCGUCGCUGAGAGAGGGCAUAGAGGCUCUGGGUGUGAAGGACACAGAAAAACCUGCCGCAGGAAAAGAGGAAGAGGGCACCACAGAGCAACAGGACACUGAAAUGACAGCUGCAACAGAGGAGGACUCAGCAACCAAGGAAGAGAAAGAUGGAGAGACAGAUGCAGUGGAAGGAGACGUAAACAAGGAGGAACCUAAGGCUGAUGCGGUGGUCGACGGUGAGGAGGGAAAGCAGGCAGCGGAAGUUGACGGUGAAUGGGAGCUGGCGUACAGUGACGAGGAAAUGGAGGACCCCAAAAACUGGAUGCCUCCUCCUGCUGAGAUCAAAAGACUCUAUGAGCUCCUUGCUAAAGGGGAGAUGCUGGAAUUGAACUUUGUGCCCCUUCGUAGGAGGCCGCCUACCCCUGAACAUACCCCCUCACCCGAAAGAGAUGAUGAGGAAGAUGAGGCAGAGGAAAGGGAGAGGAAAGAGAGGGAGCGCAAGCCUCCAACUCCAACUGAGUUUGACUUUGAUGAGGAGCAAAUGCAAGCCACUCCAAAAAAUGCCUUCAUCAACAGACGCAGAACACCAGGAUCCUCAGCUCGCUCCUCUGUCAAACGGGAAGCCCGGCUGGACAAAGUACUCUCGGACAUGAAGCGCCACCGCAAAAUUGAGGAGCACAUCCUGCGCACGGGGCGAGAUCUCUUCAAGACGGAGAAGAAGCUGGAGGAGGCCCUGUCUCCUAACAGUCAGAAGGAGCGGGAGAAGGAGAGGGAACGAGACAGCAACCCCAACACUAUCUUCUCCCCGAGACAGAGGAGAUACUGAAGUAUUAAGAGAUGAGGACUUGCCCAGAGGCAAAUAAGGCCAAGAGCUUUCCGAGGCUUUCUCAAAACUUGAAUUUUUUAUGUAACGAGUUUUGUAUGUUUUCUAUGUGUGUUUUGUAUAACGGCAAUAAACAUUUUAACCCUGGAGAACUUGAUUUUUUUUGCUAUUAGUGUGCAAUAAGAGUGUGCAAUAUGGAUGAAUCCUCUGCUACAGUUUACAGUACUGGUCAAAAGUUUGGACACAUCCUCCCAUUCAAAUGAAUGAGAAAAUGUCCAAACUUUUGACUGCUACUGUAUGGAAAGCAAAGAUAUCCAUAUAUACACUGGCCAAGCUCUUUAUUAGGAACAUCUCUGCAAUCUAAUGCAAUACAACAGUUCUGCUAUAAAUUCUUUUACAAAGCUUUUACAUUUUCAGUUGAUGUUGACAGACAUCAUCAGAAAGAUGAUAAUUCCACUUAUGAGGUCGUAGUGGCGGUAGUGUACAGGAGUGCAUUGUAUUGAAGAUUGAAAAUUAGGGGCAAAAUAUUAGGAAACAAUAAUAGGAGCUGUUGUAUUGGAUUGCAUUAAAUUGCAAAGGUGUUCCUAGUUUCCAGAAAAUAUUUCUGAAACUUCAUGUGUAAAAUAUCAAGAAAGUCAAAUGUCAUUUUUUUAACUAAUGCAAUAAUUUAAAUACCCUGAUGAAUAAAUUUAAAUUAGAACAUUGGUGCAAACAUUUAUUUACAAUACUUGCUGUAAGUAAGUGCUGCUCAUUAAUGUAGAACAUUGCCAACAAUGGCCUAAUACAGCAUGAGAUAUGAAAAGAUUAACUACCACACUACAAAUGUAUGGUAAACUUUCGGUAGUAGACAACUUUAUAUUGUCUCACUGUAUAGUGUCAUAUGUCACAACCGGAAGUGGGCAGGGAUGAUGUUUCUUGGCUCAGCUUUUUUUUUUUUUACAUUUUCAACCAUUUUUCGACAAUAAUAUUCAAAACUUCCUCAAUAAGACUUCCCAUUAAAGGCCUUUUUAUGUUGCAGCUGGUGUAUUGCUGGGGCAGAAACCAGUGACAUUAAACAUUUACAAUCAUGAACUCCACUAGUUGCCCACUUUUAACUGGGUUUAUGAUGCAAAAAACACAUUUGAUGAAACAUAAUUUCCAACACUGAUGAAACUUAGACAAAAAAAAAAAAACACACUC